UGGAUAUUUUCCAAAAAAAAAAACAAAAAAAAAACUCUGACUUGGAUGAGCCAGUCAUUCACAUUGAACACUAUCAGCUUCGCAUUUCGUUGAUCAUGGCGGAGACAGGCGGCGGAGGAGAGUCAACCAAGCCUCAACUCUACUCAUACUGGCGGAGCUCUUGCUUUUGCCGUGUUAGGAUUGCUCUCAAUCUCAAAGGACUGGAUUACGAGUACAAAGCAGUUAACCUGGCCAAAGGCGAACAAUUCAGCCCUGAAUUUUUGAAGCUCAAUCCGCUGGGGUAUGUGCCGGCAUUGGUUGAUGGAGACAUUGUUAUUUCAGACUCUUUUGCUAUUUUGAUGUAUUUGGAAGAAAAGUAUCCACAGAAUCCCUUGUUGCCCAAGGAUCCUAAGUUAAAGGCUAUAAAUUUUCAGGCUGAUCUAUUUCUAGUGCCCCAAAUCCAUGCAGCAAUCAACAUAUUCAAUGUGGAUAUGAAUGAAUAUCCCCUUCUAUCUUGUAUAUACGAGGCGCACAAAGAUGUACCUGCUAUUCAAAAUGCUAUGCCGGAGAAACAGCCUGAUACACCAGCUGAGGCAAGAGCUUGAGGUGAUUUAUCAGUGUAAUCGAAACUUGUGUUUAAUGUUGUAAUGGUUUAUGAUUCUGAUGGAAAGUGGUAUCCUGGAUUCCUGGAUUAUCUCGAAUUGAUACUAAACUAUCCAUGAAAUAAAAGGCAUUCAAGAAUAGCUUAA